UUUCUUGAGUUUUCUAGAUUGGUGUUGAACAAUUUGUAUAGUUAAUUUCUGAUUUGCUUGAAUUUCUAGAAUGGUGUUUUAUAUAUGAAUAAUUUGUAUUGAGAGAUUGAUAUUUGGUUUUAAUUUUGAUAGGAACUUGUUAUUGUAAUUUUUUACGACAAAAACCCGUGUGUAUCCAUGAACCCGCGGAUACCCAGUGGAUUGGGUUAAGUUUUUCAAACCCAGUGGGUUUUAUCCCGAAUUUUUUUCAUGAAUAAACCCAACCCGACCCACUGCCAUCCCGUUCUGUCGUCCACCAACAACCACUAUCUGCUCUGCUGCAUUCUCAAUUUCUCAUUCUGAAAUUUCUUUCUACGAAUUCGACGAUGCGCCCGCAUAUCAAUCGGGUGGAGGAGUGUCAAACUUAGCUUUUCGUGCUUUCUAGAUUCCCGUCGUCUCCGUUGGCAGAACAAUCCCGUAUUUCGGUAUUUGCCUUCCUGUUCGCCUCUGAAUCAUUCUUCCGAGUUCCGAAGCAAUGCAAUCAAGAAGCUGGGCUCACAUUUACCCAUUUCUUCAUCCACUCUUCUCUGUCCCUUCACUUUCUUGACUAACAAUGAUCAUCAUUCCUCGUGCUUUUCCGUGAAACGGAAGUGCGGAUCUUUGUGUCUCUGAAGGAGUUGGUUCUGCUCCGAGCUCUCAGCUUCGCUUGCGCUGCGUUCAUCUCAGAGCUGUAAGUGCUGCCACAAAUUAUUGAUUCUUGCUUGCGUUUUGAUUGCGCUGUUUAUGGUACAGAAUCGUGGGUUUGGUUGCAUUUAAAGUAAAGAAUCCGCCUUUGUGGGUUAGGAAUUGCCACUAUGUAUGGAGGCUUUGUAAAUUGUGUUUGUUACUGCUUUUCUUAUAGCAUAAAUUCCUUAAGUGUCUCAUGAACAUAUUGAAAGGAGGAAGGAUAUGUCGUAUCAAUUCGCUGAUGCUGGUUUGUAGACACUUUUUACAUUUAUUUAGCUCCACUUUUACUUGCCCUUGCACAUUCUCGGGACCCCGUCGCUUGACAGUAGUUCCUUUGUAAAAGAUGUUCAUUAAAAGCAACUAGAUUGAGUAGCAGAGUUUGCUUGCUGAUCUGUUUUGGAAGCCUGUGAUUUGAGUACAAGGUCUACUUGUCCUUUUCUGAGGAGAUAUUUGGGCUACUUCCAUGCUGCACUAUUCUUCAACAUAAACUUUGUGAGCAUACUAUUCAGUGGAAAAAAUGUGGCCCUGAGAGAAGCGAGAGAUUGAGUAAAAAUGUUGACUGUGUUAGCAGGAUCCUCGAACCAGACUACUUGGCACCCCAUCAUGAGUGCCGCUGAUACAACUCAGCCAAGUUAUUGGUUGAACUGGAGAUUCGCCAUCUGUGCAGCUUUUCUCGCAGCUGCCAUCGCUCUGGCAGGUUUUUUAAUAUGGAAGAAUGAAGGGUCCAGGGAAUCGGAGUCCGAGUCUGAAUCUGUGAGAAGAGAAAGUCGGCCACCCACAGCUGGGUCCUUGUACGCGGAUGAAGCUUGGAAGACGUGUCUCAAGACUAUUCAUCCUGGUUGGUUGCUGGGUUUUAGAAUAAUUGCUUUCAUUGUACUCUUCGGGUUACUUGCAGCAAAUACUAUCAGGGAUGGAGGUGGCAUUUUCUACUUCUAUACUCAGUGGACAUUCUCUUUGGUGACCAUCUAUUUUGUGCUUGGAUCAGCAAUGUCAAUUUAUGGAUGCUGCAAACAUUGUGAUGCCUCGGGUGGGGUUGAUGGGGAACGUAUGGAUGCUGAGAGAGGGACUUACGUGGCACCGACCCUUGGGGGAGUCGUAGACUCGUCCAACCACAUAAAAGGUUCAGCUCUGCAUCGAGAACCUUUCCCUGAGGAAAAGCAAACUGCAAGUGCGUGGGGCUACAUCUUUCAAAUCAUCUUUCAGACUUGUGCAGGCGCUGUAGUGCUCACUGAUUGUGUAUUCUGGUUCAUCCUUUAUCCAUUUCUAAUGGCUGCAGAUUUCAGGCUUGAGUUUAUAAACGCCUGCAUGCAUUCGGUGAAUGCAGUUUGCCUGCUUGGUGACACUGUUUUGAAUGGCAUGCGGUUCCCCAUAUUUCGAAUCGCGUAUUUCAUCAUAUGGACCAGCGUUUUCGUGGUUUUCCAGUGGAUCAUACACGCAUUUGUGUCAAUGUGGUGGCCAUAUCCAUUCCUUGACUUGUCAUCUAAAUAUGCUCCCUUGUGGUACCUGGGAGUGGGAUUGAUGCACAUUCCUUCGUAUGGGUUCUUUGCUCUGGUAGUAAGGCUGAAAUACUUUUGGUUGGCAAGAUCGUUCCCCAAUUCAUGCCAUGUCAUUAGGUGAAAAACAUGGCACUUUCCAUUCCUGUUGUAGCAGCAAGUGGGAAGAAAUUGUCUGUGUACCG